UAGUGAAAGAAGAACAAGUUAUUGGGUCUGUUUUGUCUCUUAUCAACCGGCUACACAUUGACCAAUCGUGUAAGUUGUCCUGUCUCAUUGUUAUCUCUUAUCAAACAGCUUCUUAUCGAGAAUAUAUGGAGUUUUUUUGAGAUGUUUGCGUGAACAAGAAUAUUGUUGUUUGUUCGCAUCAUGAGUUAAACACAAGUGUUUGUAACAAUCCAAAGAUUUUUGAUGUUUGCGUGAACAAGAAUAUUGUUGUUUGUUCUCAUCUUUUGCGAUGUCUGCGUGAACAAGAAUAUUGAUGUUUGUUUUUAUACUCUGUUUUCGCUCUGUUCGGUCUUGAUAUUGAAAUCAGAAGUAUGUUCGGCCUGUUGUUUCUUAAUGUCCUGAUCAUAUAAACUCAAGUGAUUUUAGUCAUAUAUUUUCUAAAACUUUUUCUUUAUAAUGACAUAUGAUGAGUGGGGGAUUGUAUUAUGAUCAAGGAGGAGAACGAUAUGAGAAUGCAAAGGACACUUCACACUUGCAUUCCGAUCUAUAAGGCAAAGGACCUCAGAAACCUAAACUCUAACUCUAACGAAGAAGAGAGAAAGAGAUGACAGAUGAUGGUUCAAGUUUCGAUCCAAAUUUCACACCGUUGAAUACAAUGGAUUUAGAGAGCCAGCGAGUCCUUGGAGUUAUUUUGGCAGAUGAUGAGGCUGAUGAUGGUUCAUCUGAUGGAGCAAAAAAGAAGCAAAGAAAGAAGAGAAGGCUUAUUCAAGCUGCUGAUGAUGAAGAUGAUAGUGAUGUUGAAAUCACUCCUCCACCAACCCAAGCUACUACUCUGCGCAAACAAGCCACCUGCGGAACCGUGCGAGCCUUGAAAUCAAAGAAACCAAUGUUACAGUCUACUCUAGACGGUGGCAUUGGAUCGUCUUCGUCUCCUAAGGCGAGUAAAAGGAAAACCAAAACCAAAUCUAUUCAUUUUACCAUCCGUGGGGGGAGAAAGAGUUCCAGGCUGACACAAGGCAAUGGUAAGAAUAAGAAGAAGAUUCAAGAGGAGCAGCUUGAUUUGGAAGGUGAAUUUGAAGAGGACGAGAUGGAGGACGAGAUGGAGAACGAGAAGGAGGGUAGGCAAUGGUCUGAUGUAUGGCCCCAUUUUACUAAGAUUCGAAAAUCCAAUGGUGAGGAGAAAACUAAAUGCAAUUAUUGUAAGAAUGACUAUGCAUGGAGUUCCCACGGGCAUGGAACAAGUGGUUUGAGAAGGCAUCGUGACAGAUGCAAACUCUUUCCAAGGCAUGGUGACCCGCGGGCCUGCCCGCAAAGACCUGUGCAAUAGGCGGGGCGGGAUUGGUCAAUGCUUCUCGGUACCGCAUCCCGCGGCGGGCCAGCCCGCUGUGACCCGACUGAACUUGAGCCCGUGGCGGGGCGGGCCAUUUGGUUGCGGGUGAGCUCGUUUGCCAUCUCUACUAUCGGGUGGUGGUCGUUUUUUUCAGCUUGACAAUUACCACUAAACUUUUAGGGUGUAACUGGUAACAACUAAAAGGAAUAUGUGGAAUGAUAGGAAUUAUUAUUUCUGGAAUUUAAUGGAAUGGAAUCAGCAUUCCACUUAUUCCAAAACGUUUUUGAUUUGGAAUGAUUUUUCAAAUGAUAUUUAAUUUUUUUUCUCGAAUGGUAUGGAAUGUUAUGAAAUGAAAUGGAAUACACAUUCUAUUUUUUAAUUGUAAUUGGUGAAUUUUUUUUAGAAUGCACAUAAAUUAAGCAUUCAGGAAGUUUUAAUUCAAAAAAAAUGCAUUCCAGUUGCAGCCGCAUUUUGUGAAGGCCUCCCAAUAACUGAUGUGGGCCUAUUUACGUAUGGGUUUGAAUUCAUUUUUAUUGCUUUUGAAAAAAAAAUUGUUUUACUCUGUUUGACCCAAAAAAUAAUCCGAAAACUAAUUCAAAUAUUUAAUUUAAUAUAUUUCUUUAUUUGGUGCUCCUCUUUCUUCUAUAUAGUCCAACUUAUCGGAUUCAAUGUGUUAUUGUUUCGAAUAUAUCAAAUAUAAUGUGUUUGGAUAUAGUUUUGAAUUUUGUUUUCUAAUUUCUUUGUGUGACUUUCUAAUUUCUAUUUUUUUUGUCAUAAAUUCAUUCAUUAAUAUGAGAAGGCCUCAGGUCCAAGUAUAUCCAUGAUUGGGCUUAAACAGAAAUAACUCUCAAGGAGGCCUUUGCCAACGCAUCGGCUUCUCCGUUGAGAUCACGAUGAACAUGAGAAAAGGAGAUUUUGACUAACGCAGAGGAUAUGUUAUGGAUAUCACAUACGAUUCCAUGAAUUUCCUUCAUAUGUGUGACUUUCUAAUUUCACUUGUCAAAAUUACACUAUAACCAAAAAUAAUUGUGACUGGAGCAUUUUUCACUUCACAUUUUUUUUUUUAAAUUUUUGGUCAUUGUUUCACUCGAUCUUUAUUUUGUUUUCGGGUUUAACUAAAUACAAAAACAAUACGUUAAAAUCGAAACCUGAAUUAUAUUGGCUUCAACUAAUUUUUGGAAAUGUUAUUAAACUAGAACUGAACAUGACAAAACACGAACUGAGUCUACGCGGUUACCAGAGAGAGAACAUGCCAGUACUCUACCAAAUCAGGUUUGCCAUAGCAAAAAUUCACAAGAUAGCUUUACUUCCUUUGGCAUUUGACAGGAACCGAUGUAUUUGGAACAUUAAGGUGAUGUUUGUUUUUUCAUCUAGUUGAUCCAUCUAGGUAAAGAUGCAAAUCGAUGUUAGUUUUGUACAUUAAAAUGUUCUAAAUGGAUCACCCAACUGCAUUUGUAAAAACUCAUCUCAAAUUCUCACUCAAAUGAGAGUGUGUAUUCACAAAGCAUUUAGGUGAGGGUGAAUCUUCACCAAAAAAAAAACAAUUUUUCCGUCGAAACCACAUUUUCCUGCCAAAAUGGGAAAACACAAUUUUCCGACAAAACU